CAAGAAAAUAUUAAAAGCUUUGAAGAACAUCAAAUUUUUUCUUUCUUCUUCAUGAUGGGGUCUUUUAUGCUUUUGGAAUUGGUGGGAACUUUGAUGGAAUCGCAGAAACUUUGCUUCAGAAAUGUUAAGCUCAUGUCUUGCAUCUUCCUGCUCAUAAUUUCUCUUAGCUCUAUCCUCUUUUUGAGUAAUAUGCUGUCCAUUAAACCAUCAAUCACUGAUUUUGCCCUCAAGGCAAACCUUCUAGCUAUGAAUAUCGGCACCCCUGAAUUCGGAAACCUUCUGAAUACUUUGAAAGGCGACCUCCGAUUAUUUGUUGGACUAGAGUGGAUUUUUGUUUUCGCAUUCUGUUUUUUCUCUUUGUUCUUUGCAACAGCUUCAAUCUUAGCAUCGGCAGUAACAUAUUGCGGAAAAGACAUGUCUAUCAAGGAACUUCUAUCAAGGGCCGUGAAAUUGCUGAAAAGACCGUUUCUUACUUGGUUUUACAUAACCCUUCUUCAUCUGGGCUAUUGUCUAUUUCUCAUAACCUUUCUGGGUCCUUUGGUGCUGAUUUUCAAUCUUACGUUCACUAUGCCUUCUUUAUUAUCUAUAAUCAUAUUCCUCCUAGCUCUAGUUUUCGAAGCUUAUCUAGCUGUUGUUUGGAAUUUAGCACUCGUUGUUUCGGUACUCGAAGAAAACUGUGGAAUUGAGGCACUUGGGAAGGCUGGACAGCUCAUCAAAGGAUUGAAGAUACGCGGAUUUUUCCUAAAUCUUUUGUUUGGAGCAGUCUCUCUUCCUGUGUUCUAUGGUGUGCACAAGUUUGGCAAAACAGUCAUGUCAUCAAAUGCUGCCAUGAUUCCAUUGCUCCUCCUGAAUUCGAUAUCCUGCCUGAUCGGAAUGUUUAAGCUCAUGGCAUACACAGUCCUCUAUCACGAUUGCAAGGCGACUCAUGGAGAAGAACUUGAAAUGAAAGGAGGCACUGAAUAUACUAAAGUGGCCUUUACCCCACUUAUCAGUGCAGAUUUACCAUGAUGAAGGAUGUCUGUAUUUCUAAUAGUUUACUGUUUUUUGCGUGUGUUGUAACCAUAAUUUCUGCAGCUCCAGCUAGUUUUUAUGCAUAAAGUUAAUAAAAAAAUGUUGAAACCGUCAAAAUAGUGCCUUCUCUUGACAUACAGGGUUUUAAAUGAGAAUCUGCCUUGGAUA